CAUGAAUCAUGGGAUCUCCCUCAAUACAGGCACGGGGAAACCCAAAUUCUUGACACUAAUAAAGUACUCUGUACAGCUGGCGCGGAGGACAUACAUAUAUACCAGCGUGCCACCCUAUUCCCCACCCAGUUUGGUAACAGUCUCCUAUCCUCUCCCAAGUCCUAGUAAGUAUGCAGAUGUUCACUCAUCGGAGAACCAUGUGCCGCGCCCCUAUGGGAGUUCCCUAGUGAUGUACAUGCACAAAGGGAGCAAAGUAUUCGCCGGUAGGGAGACCUUGCACGACUUUCUCGUGACAGAAUGGGUGAAUUUCGGCUACAAGUUGCCUCUGCUCGCUAUAGUUGCCUCCCCUGAACUCUACGGCGACAAUGACGUCGGUCUAAUUUCGCGCUGCCGCAGUCAAACAAACAAUGAAUGGCAGUGGAGAUUCCAACACAAUAGUGUUCACGCCGCUGUCUUUGCGACGGACACAACCACGACGGCAAAUCUGUCUUGGGCUCUUCGAUGUGGGCUAUGCGGACGAAUAUGUGGUGCUCUACUCCUCGGACUCUUAACGUGAAGACGACGAAUGGCCCAGCCACACCAUAGACAGACUCAAGGAGUCAAGCCGCGUUAUUCACCCGCUCGGACAAAUCCCCCGGCUGGAAACACAUAGGUGACCUCCAGAUCGGGCGUUUUCAUGCGCUCGAGGGGUUAGUCGAAGUGCGGCAGGGCGAUAUGGGCAGACAUCCGCUGUCGGCAAGAGUCCUCUGCCGCCGAGACUUUGCGCAUGGGUAUACUAUGGAAUUCAAAGAGGUGGUUCACAGCGUUACCGGCGGGGAGAUCACAUACCCAACGGCCCAAAGAGCUCAGACUAUUUCCUUUCGUGUGGGCGAGGACACUCACCAGUUUGGGGGACUGGGAGCUCUCUGGAACGGGAAAGCAUCGCGUUAGAUCCAGCGACCGGCGCCCUGCUGACACCGCCUGAUUUCGGCCUCGGUGGGUUGUGCUAACUAUACUUCUCUCGAUAUGCACUUGCAAAGACCCUCGCUCCUCAGCACCCUUGCGCCGAUCAGGGACUUGCCAGAGCCGCUGUACCCUCCACCGCGCGACCGAAUCACACUCGGAACCCGAGCGCUAAGUACCCGCGAAUCAGUCUAGCGAGCAGUGGACGCCGAAGACCGUCGCUUCGAGGCAGAUAUCUCGAGGACAGGAUCCGGCAGAGGAGAAGGAAGAAGACGAGGAAUAACCUCCAAAGGAAGAAAGACCAGCGUCGAAUGCAUGUCCGUCUCUCGAGGGCCUUGCGAGGACCGGAGCUGUCGUUGGGCGACCGAACCGCGGACAAAUGUCAUGGAUUGGAAAUAGUGUCGUCAAUGAAACGAUACCAUUCCUUGUAUGUGGUCUUGUUCUGGAUGCGGGCUGGUCGCAGUCAGGCACGAAAGAUGUGAACUGCGGCACGAAGCGUGAGCGUGUGCCCUUCUCCUACACCCAGUGUUGGGAUACGAGACGCCUUUCGACCACGCAUCACGCAUUGCGCAUCACGCCCGCGAAGUGGAGAUGGGGGUGGUUCACGGGCACACACAAGGGGUAGUACAAGACCAAGACAUGAAGACAUUCCAUUGUUCCAUCCGUCGUAAGAAGGGGUCCCCCACGAUGAUGGGUGACCCGCUAUUACUAUACAUGUAUCUCUUGUGAUACGAGCAUACAAUGAUAAUGAUGAUGAUAAAGAAAGAGAGAGACCACACGGUACACGUCCGAUUGAUCCCAUCCAUCCCGGACGCCGAAGCCGAAGAAGUCGAUGUAUCCUCCCUCGCCAAAAUGACACAAAGGAGACAAGAAACCCGAAAUAAUGGAGGAACAUCGUGCUCGAGCUAGUGCAUGCAUCGGGCGCAGAUUGGGUGGUGGAGGGUGUGUCGACAUUCGGGGGUCAGGCGCAGGAAACGGGGCGGAGCAUGGUCGUCGAAAGCGGCGCCGACCUGGACGAGGUUUUGGCUGG